CACGACCAAUACAAUUUCAAUUGUAGACCUAUAAUUAAUGACGUCAAGAGUAGGUGAAGGGAGCUUAAGUUUGGUGCCGACCCACGUGUGUGGUUUGGUUUCAGGCAAGGCGGGGAUGGCUGGCUAGCUGUCGAAUGCUCAGAUUCACAUGCUACAAGAGCAAAGCUGUCUGGAAUUCCCUCAUUGUUUUCAUGCAAGCCGAGACUUUAUCGCUGGAUUUUCUCAGUCUAAUUGUUAUGCAGCUAGCUGUCAUUUUCUCCUUCACAAUUGUCGAGCAAUGGAGAAACGCCCAUCUGCAAUAAUUGCUGAUGACCUUCGCCUCCUCUGCACACCGAAGCAUAUUUAUUGGAUCCAGCGAUGUGGGAGCGUUGUGACUUUUAUCGUCAGUUGAAUUGACAUUUAUUUCACGAUAAGUGAAGUGCCUACCUACAAUCUAUUCUACCGGUUUAACGUAAUCUUUUAAAUAAUCAAGACUGAUUAUAAUCAAGACUGGUUCUGUCACCCCGGCUAUACUAUGUUGGAAUUUACAUCUCUCAUUCCUUAUUUGCCUCUCAUCCGCUUUCUGGUGCCUUUGGCUAUUACCAAUGUAGCCAUCGACCUCGGUGAACAGGCUCUAAACCGGGGUUUAGCAGGCUUUAAAGAGGAUGCUGUUGAGAUGCUGGCCAGCUACGGGCUGGCCUAUUCGCUAAUGAAGUUCUUCACUGGGCCCAUGAGUGACUUCAAGAACGUGGGUCUGGUGUUUGUCAACAGCAAGAGGGACCGGGGCAAGGCUGUGCUUUGCAUGGCGGUAGCAGGCACUAUAGCGUUAAUCCUUCAUGUUGUCAUAGCUCAGUCAGACCUAGGCUACUACAUUAUCAAUAAGCUCCACCAUGUGGAUGACUCCGUGGGCAACAAGACCAGGAGGGCUUUCCUCUACCUGGCAGCUUUCCCACUGCUGGACGCCAUGGCUUGGAUCCAUGCUGGAAUCCUCCUCAAGCACAAAUACAGCGUCAUCGUAGGCUCUGCCUCCAUCUCUGAUGUCAUCACCCAGAUUGUGUUUGUGUCCAUCCUGCUGCACAGUAACCUGCCGUGUAUGGAGCCCCUUCUCAUCCCCAUCCUCUCCCUGUACAUGGGAGCUCUGGUGCGCUUCACCAUCGUGGGCCUGGGCUACUACUACAACAUCCACAACAACAUCCCAGACUCCAGUGGAGUUGACGUGGGGGGAGAUGUCACCAUCAGGAAGAUGUUGAGUUUCUGGUGGCCUCUGGCCCUCAUCCUGGCUACCCAGCGGAUCAGCAGGCCCAUCGUCAACCUCUUUGUGUCCCGGGACCUCAAUGGGAGCAGCGCAGCCACUGAGGCUGUGGCUGUCCUCACUGCCACCUACCCUGUGGGUCACUUGCCGUACGGCUGGCUGACUGAACUGAGGGCCAUCUAUCCUGCUUUCGACAAGACCAAUCCCAGCAAUAAGCCUAUCUCUGGCACUCCGGUUACAAAGACUCAUAUCAAAAAGUUUACAGCCUGUUGUUUGGCACUAUCACUCACGCUCUGCUUCGUGGUGUUCUGGACCCCUCACAUCUCGGAGAAGAUCCUGGUGGAUGUGAUCGGGGUGGACUUGGCCUUCGCUGAGAUCUGUGUACUUCCACUAAGGAUCUUCUCCUUCUUCCCUUUGCCAGUGAUAGUCCGGUCCCACCUGACUGGUUGGUUCAUGACCUUGAAGAAGACCUUUGUGCUGGCCCCCAGCUCUGUACUCCGCAUCAUCGUCCUCAUCACCAGCCUGGUCGUGUUGCCUUCUAUUGGUGUCCACGGGGCCACUCUGGGGGUUGGGUCCCUGUUGGCUGGUUUCGUAGGGGAGUCUACCAUGGUGACCAUAGCUGCCUGCUAUGUCUAUCAAAAACAGAAAAACUAUGAGAUGGCCAGCAAGCUGCUGGUGGAGGGAGAGGACUCUGUUCCUCCGAGUGAGGUGCGUUCCAGAACUCAGAAGGACUCCAUCGAGGAGCUCCAGGAGGAAGAGGAGUAGAGGCACUUGGAGGGAAAGGGACAGGAGAAAAUGGAGCUAAGCGCAACAGAGAAAGAUAAUUCCAGUGGGUAGGCCCUAAUACCAGACCUGAGAGAACAACUGAGGAAUCAGAGUCCUUAACCCUUUGCACUCGUACUUGUAUACCGGUUGAAAAUGUUAGAUUUGGGCACAAAUAAGCGCCUAAAUUGGAACGUAGUGGCUGUACAUUAACAUGCUAUAUAUGACGUCAGAGCUCUGGCUCUGCGCUUCACGGGUUUUGACUGACAGCCGUUCUGAACUUGAGCACUGUGUGCGACAAGAAUUUGCCCCCAUCGCUCCUGAUAAUUGGGCAACUCUUGCAAAUCUUUUGUCUGACAGAAAUGUUGUAAAUUAAAAAGGUGACUAUGUAUUUUGAAAGAUGUGAGGAUUAUAAUAAAUACCGCUUUGAUGUCAAACAA